GUGUAUAAUUAGAACAUGCAAUCAAGCAAAAGCAAGGCAUAUUGUCUUAAGUGUAUACCUAAUAUAUCUUGUAAUUUUCUUUUGCAAAGAGAUGUUGGACUGUUGUUGGAUAAAGGAUUCAAAACUCAGGAACGAUGCUUCUUCCACCCACUGUCAAAUGACAUGUCAAUCUCUCUUAAUGCCAAUGAUCUGGACAAGUUUCUUAAAUCAAUUGGUAGAGACCCAGCAUAUGUUGACCUGGAGGCUAACCCCACAGUAGGGAAAGAUCAACCUCCUGACCUGGCUGCUUUUGUUCCAUCUAGUUCUCUGGUUCUGCCAGAUCCUGCUGAAAAAACAGCUUCUUCACACAAUACUGGUGGGAACAAUGUCACAGCUAGUAGUAACUCCAAGCCGGUGGCAGAGAAAGCUGUGAAGCCAGCCAAAAAUGUUCAUAAUAUUAAGGACAAGUCAGCCAAUGCUGUAAAUACUUCAAGCUCGUUUACAGAUGCUGAGAAAUUUGUGGAAGAGAUUCUGGAUAAAAUAUCAGCACAAAUACUUUCAGAAACCAAGGAUGGCAGUAUCCAAGAACAUGGGGAAGAGCUUGGAACUGAGAUUGCCAACAGAUUAAAAAAAUGCUGUUGCUCAGAGUUCAAGAACCUUGCUACAAUAUUCAAGAACACGGCAUAUACACAAGGGUUUCACGCUGGUAGGGCUUCAGUAUUGAGAUAAUGUUCGAGAACAUGGCUUAUACAGAUUAACUCAAGCAUUUGUGAGCUGGUUCUAGAUGGACCUCCUCAGCCUCUUUUCCCUUAACUUCCACCUAUUUUUCUUCCCCAAACUCAAAAGGCGAAAGGAAAGAAAUGUUGAAUGUUAAACUUUUAUUUUUAAUAGGUACAUUGGUGCAAAACAUUUUGAAAGAUGUAUACUCAUAUUGAACUGGCUUUAAGAUGUACCCUUUGUUAAAAUCAUUCAAAUCUUAGUUACAAAAAUAUCAUGAUCCUUUGCUGGUUUAUGAUUGUACU